AUGCUAUUGUUAGAUCUUCCUCUCACUACAGACUUCAAUCUUCCUCUCACUACAGACUUCAAUCUUCCUCUCACUACAGACUUAAAUUUUCCUCUCACUACAGACUUAAAUCUUCCUCUCACUACAGACUUAGAUCUUCCUCUCACUACAGACUUAGAUCUUCCUCUCACUACAGACUUAAAUCUUCCUCUCACUACAGACUUAGAUCUUCCUCUUACUACAGACUUAGAUCUUCCGAUCUCAAGACUUCAAUCUUCCUCUUACUACAGACUUAGAUCUCAAGACUCAUGUACAGACAAUUGA